CCAUGCCGGCCGGCCGCGCCGCGCGCACCUGUGCGCUGCUCGCCCUGUGCCUCCUGGGCGGCCGGGCCCAGGAUUUCGGGCCCACGCGCUUCAUCUGCACCUCGGUGCCCGUGGACGCCGACAUGUGCGCCGCGUCCGGGGCCGGCGGCGGCGGCGGCGGGGCGGAGGAGCUCCGCACCAGCGUGCUGCAGCUCCGCGAGACCGUGCUGCAGCAGAAGGAGACGAUCCUCAGCCAGAAGGAGACCAUCCGCGAGCUGACCACCAAGCUGGGCCGCUGCGAGAGCCAGAGCACGCUGGACGCGGCGCCCGGCGAGCCCCGCGCCGGCGCCGGCGGCGGCCGCAAGCAGCCCGGCCCCGGCAAGAACACCAUGGGCGACCUGUCCCGGACGCCGGCCGCCGAGACGCUCAGCCAACUCGGCCAAACUUUGCAGUCGCUCAAAACCCGGCUGGAGAACCUCGAGCAGUACAGUCGCCUCAACUCCUCCAGCCAGACCAACAGCCUCAAGGAUCUGCUGCAGAGCAAGAUCGACGACCUGGAGCGGCAGGUGCUGUCGCGGGUGAACACGCUGGAGGAGGGCAAGGGGGGCCCCAGGAACGACACGGAGGAGCGGGCCAAGAUCGAGAGCGCCCUGACCUCCCUGCACCAGCGCAUCAGCGAGCUGGAGAAGGGUCAGAAGGACAACCGUCCUGGUGACAAGUUCCAGCUCACCUUCCCGCUGCGCACCAACUACAUGUACGCCAAGGUGCGGAAGAGCCUGCCCGAGAUGUACGCCUUCACCGUGUGCAUGUGGCUCAAGUCCAGCGCGGCGCCUGGCGUGGGUACCCCCUUCUCCUACGCCGUGCCCGGCCAGGCCAACGAGCUGGUCCUCAUCGAGUGGGGCAACAACCCCAUGGAGAUCCUCAUCAAUGACAAGGUGGCCAAGCUGCCCUUUGUCAUCAACGACGGGAAGUGGCACCACAUCUGCAUCACCUGGACCACCCGGGACGGGGUGUGGGAGGCCUACCAGGACGGCACCCAGGGCGGCAGCGGCGAGAACCUGGCCCCCUACCACCCCAUCAAGCCUCAGGGCGUGCUGGUGCUGGGCCAGGAGCAGGACGCUCUGGGAGGAGGGUUCGAUGCCACCCAAGCAUUUGUGGGCGAGCUGGCCCACUUCAACAUCUGGGACCGCAAGCUGACCCCCGGUGAGGUGUACAACCUGGCCACCUGCAGCACCAAGGCGCUCUCCGGCAACGUCAUCGCCUGGGCCGAGUCCCAGAUCGACAUCUACGGUGGAGCCACCAAGUGGACAUUCGAGGCCUGUCGCCAGAUCAACUGAGGGCCCAGGGCCAGGGCCCGGCCCCACGCCCACCCCCGCCUGAGCAGCACCACCCGCCGCCGUCUCUUCUCUCCCUUUCCCCAGGAAUGAAGCAAGGCCACGGCCCCUGCACCUGCACACAGCCUGGUUUUGUCCUCCUGCCCAUGAAGCAGUCCUGGCUCUGCACCAUCCCUGAGGGCACCCACUUCUCCCUGGGGGCCCUGACUGUUUCCCAGGCAUGCUGUAGUCACCGCGAAAGCAGGUGCAUGGACUCUGGACUAGACAGAGUAGGUGAGAGAGAGAGUGUGUGUGUGUGCGCGCGUGUGCGUGUGUGUGCGCGCCUGCCUGCGAGCCUGUGACUGGAGGGUCAGCUUUUUCUUUAGAGUGAGCUGUGUGUCUCCUCCUUCCUUUGGGCUUGGGAAACCUCACUAUGGGUCGGAAGUCUCUGUCUGCCAGCUUUGCUGGCUGCCCGGGGCUGUGCCGCGUCUCCCACGCACCUGUUCGUCUUGCCAGCCUCUUGGAGCACCAUGGUUCUCUUUGACAUAAGAAGUGUCUCUUGGUGGUUUAAGGCUGGGGAGGGGGAGGAGGUGUCCAUGGGAAGUUUGUAUCUGAUGAAGGGCAGUACAGACUGGGGAGCAACAGCUCCCUCCCCCCGCAUGCCUCCCCAUUUGCUCCAUCCCAGAGCCUCGCCCCUGGCCUUCCUGCCUCCCGGAAGGCAGGGAUGCAGCAUUCCUUUCCAGUCGCAGAGCUAUACCCCUUCAGCUUCCAUGGCUCUGAGCAAGGAGGGUUCCAGCACAGCCCUGGGAUGCCCGGCCCUGGCCCCCUCCCUUCCUCUUGUCUAACCGGAGACUAAGUGGGGAGCCUGGGACGACAGAGGCACAGCCGGACCUGGGGAGCCCCUCCAUGGCACCGAGGCUAGGGGGCCGAAGCCCUCCGAGACGUGGCUGGCUUGGGACUUCCCAGGGGGUGGGAGGCUGAGCUCCCGCGUGGGGCCAGCCUGGCUGGGACAGGUCCUGCAACCCUGCUCUCCACACCGGCCUUCCGCAGCCCCAGCCAGCCACCAACGCAGGCCUGGAGGGCAGGUGUGUGUGUGUGUGUGUGUGUGCGCGUGCGUGUGCAAGCGUGUGUGUGAGAGAGAACACUCAGAGGUUGUGCCGAGGGUAGGGAGAGCCUCCUGCUUUGUCCCUCCACCUGGCGGGCACAAGCCCGAGAGCACUCUGGACUCUUGUCUCCAGAAGUCGAACUAGCGAAAGGCUGGCAGAGCCUUUCUGGCAAUCCUCGGCGCUGCCCGGCUGGUCUGCAGCCGCAGCGCUUGGAGGGGGCAGGUGUCCGGUGCCCGCUGCUGCUCCCGGGGCACCUGUCUCCUUCCACCCAGGCCCUUGUCCUGUGGGAACCUAGUGCAUCCGUGUGUCCGUGUCAGUGUCUCUGUCGCCGUACUCGUGUCUGCACGGUCCCGGGGCCCGUUCCGCAGCGCUUCACUCGCGCGGGUGUGCGGAGCGCCUGCCGCAGCCUCGGUGUUUCUCAGUGGCUUUUCUUAGAUAUUCGUGCUUCCUCCGUGCCCAUCGGGUUGUGGCAUCCUUGGGCCUGCGGGAUCUUCUCCGUGUGUUUGCAUGUUCCUUGGGGUGGCGUGUUCCUCGCUCCCUGGUCCGGUGUGUGUUCCCCUGCCUGCAUGGACUUCUCCGGUUCUGUGUUGUGUGCUGAGUGCCACCAGUGUUCCGUGACCACCCAUGUAGCUGCCACAAAAUGGCUGGGUAAGCAAGCCAGGGGUGUCAAAGGAGGCGUAGAGCCACGUUCUUCUCCUCCUCCUCCCCCCUACACCCCAAACACAACAAGAAGCAUUUCUAUCAGGUGGGUUGAGAACAAGCAGAACGAUACUCUUGGUUGGGAGAGAGAGGGAGAAAGAGAGAGAGCAAGCUUGGAAUCACCUUUCCAGACCAGAUCGAUUCCCCCCCCCCUCACUCCAGCUGUCUGGAGGCUGCUGCCAGGCAAGGCCCAGAGCCGCCGUGCCCAGGGCCGGCCCCUGCCACCAGCCCCGGCCCCUGCCAAUACGACCGCAGUCCACCUCGGUCCAGACGGGCCGUGUGGGGGCUGUCGGUUCAGGACCACAAGCCAUCCUCUGCCCUAGCUAAGAGGGCAGAGCACACCCCAAUGCUUAUGCCUACAUCCCCUCCCUCCCCAUCCCCUCUCCCGAGGAGCCCAAGGUGCCAGGGACCGACGCUAAGAUUUAGCUCCCGCCCCGCCCCCCACUGGAGUCUGUGCCGAGCCCCCCUCCAUCACUGUGCUCACUUGGCACUUGGCUGGUCCCAAGAAAGGUAGAUGACCCGGCUGAAAACCCCAUCCACACCGUUCCCAGCGACUCCGUAAUCUGAUUGACGCUCCCUCUUGCACUGAAUAAUACACGCCUCUCUCAGGUAAGCCAUUUUAUAAAAUAAGAAGAUAAAAAGCACUGUCGAGACAGUGUUUGCUUUUGCCAAGCUGGCGUCCGGCCGCUCCCGGGGCGUCUGGGGGUGGGGGAGCUGCCACCGAGGACCCCUGGGGGCUCUAGAUCCCACUGGAAUCCUAAGCCUUCUUGCUUUUGAUAAUAACACAGUAUUAUUUCUCUUACUGUAGAAGAAAAAAGUUUAUUACCAAACAAGAGUAUUUUUAUGCGAGAAUAGGACAAACCUAUAAAUGAAUUAUCUCAACCUAUAUCCCCCUUGGGAAAAAAAACAAAACUUUCAGACUCCACCAAAAUGUAGGACUGAAAGAUGUAUUUUGGAAGAAAGAGAUACAUUUUGUAUGCUUUCUUUUCCUUUUGUAGACUCCCAGUUUAUUUUCUAAGACUGCAAAGAUCACUUCGUCACCAGCCCUGGGACCUGAGACCCUGGGGGUUUCGUGGGGGAGGAGGGAGGCCAGUGUGGGGUUCACAGCCAUUCCAGCGAGGGGCCCCCUGUUUCUGAGGGUGUGCUGGGGACCAGGAGAGCCCGGAGGCGGAGCACGGCGGGCUCUCUGUCUUGGAGCUGGUCGUCAGCUCCAACCUUGAUAGAAGCAUGGCUGCGCGGUGUAACGUGAAGAGGCCAGACUCCGCGGUCCCACAGCGGUCCGGAUUUCAUCUCAAACACAGUGUGUACAUUUAUCCAGCUAAGGACGGGAAAUGUGUCGCUUCUGUGCAAUUUGUUAAAAGGGAACGAGUCAUUGAGGAGAAACAAAAGCCCAAUACUUAGAGUCCCAAUUCUGUCUUCUUUGCCAAAAAAAUAAAAAUUGAAAACAAAAGCAACCCCCUAGAGUUGAUAUUGUUACCAUGUACAUACUGUAAAAUAGGAAAGAGAAUUGAUGUAUCUUACUUUUUCAUUAUUUGCUAACCAAAGUUGUACAUUUUUCAUACUAUCGGCAGCCUUUUGGGUGUCAGGGGUCAAAACCACGGGGCCCGCCCCACCCCAUCGGCAGUUCUGGAAAUGCACUAUUUCUACUGGUAUUCUUGCUUUUUUUCUUUUCUUUUUUUCUUUUUUCAUUUUCUUGCUGAAAUGACAUGAAUUGUUAAGUUUAUUUUUACACAGUAAAGAGUG